AUGACUCAGAGCCCUUUGGAGAAGAUCCAAGUAUUGGAUCAGAUUGAAAAGGAGAUAGUGUUGUGCCUUCAGAGUGCAGGACAGGCACUUCUUGAGCUAAGCAAGGAAAAAUCUAGCCAAAAGAAUGCUGAAAAUCACACUCAACAAUUCCUCAAAUCACUCAAUGCCGUCGAAUCUAAACUGUCUGAGCAGAUCAACUACUUAACUCAAGUCUCUACGGGGCAACCACACGAAGGAUCAGGAUAUGCCGCUGCUAAAGUUCUCCAAAUGGCCUGGCACAGGAUUCACCAUGCACGUUCGAGGAUUCGAGAAUUGGAAGAGUCAAAGACAAAAUAUUUGCAACUUUCCAAUAGGCAGCAGACCAACUAUCCCAACGGAGGAAAUACCCAACAAGGAAGCUCAAAUAUUAUAUGAAAUGUUUAUUUAAAGAAGAUACAAAAUGUUACUUUGCAACACCCA